GUGCAUGUAUUCGCUGUUAAUUCACUCCCCAUCUUGCGACCGGCCUCUAUAAGUACCAGCGCUUGUCGCCGGCUGAUCACACACCACACCCAAUUAAUCCUACUCAUUUGCAAAGCGCUAUAAGCUCAGCUCAGCUUGGUCUGGUGCUCUUCUUCUUCCUGCUGCAAGAACCGAUCUGCUAGUCCGCCAUGAAGAUCGUGGCAGUUCAUGAUCAGCCAAGGAGGGGCAGGAGGUACGCGCUGCUGCUGGCAGCGCGGGACUCGGAGUACGUGCUCAAGGUGUACGGUGGCUACUUCAACGUCUUCCUGAGCGCCUUCGGCGCCGGCGGCGAAGACGGCGACAUCUGCGAGACGUGGGACAUGUUCCGGGCGGUGGACGGGGAGCUCCCCGAUCUGGACGACGUCGGACGGUACGACGGCUUCGUCAUCAGCGGCAGCCCUUACGACGCGUACGCCGACGAGCUCUGGAUAAUCCGGCUGUGCCUCCUCGUCCGGGAGGCCGUCGCCGCCCGGAAGCGCGUCCUCGGCAUCUGCUUCGGCCACCAGGUGGUAUGCCGCGCCCUCGGCGGCCGCGUCGGGAAGGCCAGGCGAGGCGGGUGGGACAUCGGCAUCCGGGAGGUGGCCAUGGCGGCGACGCUGCCGCCGUGCAGGUUCCUCGACGCGCUGCGGGGCCUGCCCCAGCACGCCAAGAUCACCGAGUGCCACCAGGACGAGGUCUGGGAGGCGCCGCUGGGCGCCGACGUGCUGGCGUCGUCCGACAAGACCGGCGUGGAGAUGUUCUGCGUCGGCGACCAUGUGCUGGGAAUCCAGGGCCACCCGGAGUACACCGGCGACAUACUCCUCAACCUCGUCGACCGCCUCUCCACCAGCAAAUCCAUCACCGUGUCGUUCGCCGAGGACGUGAAGAGGCAGCUGGAGGCUACUAGCCCUGACAGAGAGUUUUGGCUCAAGCUCUGCAAAAGUUUCCUCAAGACUGAAGAAUUGUACUAGCAUGCUGCACAUAUAUGGUCAUAAUAAAUAAACCAUCUACUGGCACUAGCGGCGUGGUGUUAACGCCAGAUGGCAACCUGCAGUAUUGUAGGCCCUCCCCUUCGUAAAUAUGAAUCUUUUUUAAAAAUUCCAU